AUGAAACUCCUUCGAAUGUUUGACAACGCGCAAUCCCCAAGUAUGGCUUCGAAGCCUGUCACGGUGAUGCACCAUGGCCAGUACACUGUGGGAGAGACAACGGGCGGCUUGAGCGUACUGUUCACAAUGCUAUGUAUAGUGGAUCUUUUUGGAGUUUUUCCAAUCGUAGCUUUGCCAAAAUGCGUCAUCGCUUGCGGUCUGUACGGUAUUCCGUUGGUGAUAGUUGUUUUCUCUCUACAACUAUAUACAGCUGUAUUACUCGGCAAGAGUUGGCUGCUAGCUUAUGAACUAUCGCCAAAUAUAAGAGAAAAAAGCAGAUCACCAUAUGCUGCAGUGGCUGAGCUUGCGUUCGGUGACAACGCGAGAAGGCUGGUCACAUUCUUCAUUGACGCGACGGUCUUCGGAGCCGGUGUACCUAAUUUUAUAUUUGCGUCGCAAAGCAUGCAGCUGUUCUGGUGGAAGAUCACGGGCGGGGGCAUCGGAAUAACUUACUGCGUGUGGAUGAUCCUCAUUGGGCUGCUGCUGUGCCCCGUUAUGUGGCUGGGAUCGCCCAAGGACAUGAAGUCCUUAUCCUUAAUAUCGGUUUGCAUCGUAACUACAGUAGCAGCAACCACUUGGAGUUGUAUUAUAACGGACGAUGUGUCGCCGACCAGCUUAGGGGGUGUACUGGAUUAUACACCCAAAACUUCAGAUUUUCUUGUAGCUUACGGAAUUAUUGCCUUCCAGUUUGACAUACACCCGAUGCUGCUAACGCUGCAAGUAGACAUGAAGGACAGUAGGCGUAUCAAUGUCGCCGUUUUCGGUGCUUUCAUAAUCACUGGCGUCAUGUUCAUGGUCACGUCACUGCUCGCUGCCAACCGGUAUGGGAACAGCGUCGAGAACAAUAUACUGCAAGGCAUGCCGUCUUCGAUUCCGCUAUAUAUAGUGGCGUUACUCGUCACUCUACAGCUUUGUCUAUCGAGCGCCGUCGGGAAUUCAGCCUUGUUUCAGCAUUUAGAAGAUUUGCUCAAGAUACCCCGAAGUUUCUGCUUGCAACGCUGCUUACUACGGUCCAGUAUCGUCGCCCUUUCUGUAUUCCUCGGAGAAUCUGUACCAAGAUUUGACCUAGUAAUGGGGCUUGUAGGCUCCACACUCACGGGCCCCUUAAUGUUCAUAUUCCCACCUUUGUUUUUUCUAAAGCUUUGUUACCUCAAAUCAAAUAAUAUAAAACAAUAUUCCACGAGUAAUAAACCGAAAGAAUUAAACAUGGCAGUUAAUGGCUCUACUCAAAAUGGCGGAAAUGGUUUACAAAAUGGAACGGAUCUGUCGAAUAUACCGCUCAUCCCUAAAAUUAAAUUUCCAAUACAAUAUCAAACAUUUGAUAACAAUGAAAGAUUAGAUCGAGAAUAUAUUGAUGAGUAUGAUGUGAAGUGGUAUGACGUGAUGUUUGCAUGUCUUGUUAUGUUAUUUGGAAUGUCUGCGACGAUAGUGGCCACUUAUUCUAGUUGGGCGGAAGCGAUAUCGUCCGCAACAUUUUCACCGCCAUGUCUUUUGAAUGCCACGCUAGCUGCCAGAAGUUUUAUACAUAAACCUAGCGCGGUUUGA